AUGCCUGGCCCCUUGCUAACCACCCCUCCUCUGCUUCUGCACAGGAACGUGAUGCCCAAGACGCUGGACGGCCAGAUCACCAUGGAGAAGACCCCCAGCUACUUUGUGACCAAUGAGGCCCCCAGGCGCAUUCACUCCAUGGCCAAGGACACGAAGCUGAUCGUGGUGGUGAGGAACCCGGUCACCCGGGCCAUCUCGGACUACACGCAGACACUCUCCAAGAAGCCGGAGAUCCCCACCUUCGAGGUGCUGGCCUUCAAGAACCGGACCCUGGGGCUGAUUGACGCCUCCUGGAGCGCGAUCCGCAUCGGGAUCUACGCCCUGCACUUGGAGAACUGGCUCCAGUACUUCCCCCUCUCCCAAAUCCUUUUUGUCAGCGGCGAGAGGCUCAUCACUGACCCAGCCGGGGAAAUGGCCAAGGUACAGGACUUCUUAGGCCUCAAGAGGAUUGUGACAGAGAAACAUUUUUAUUUUAAUAAAACCAAGGGGUUCCCCUGUCUAAAGAAGCCAGAGGACAGCAGUGCUCCCCGGUGCUUGGGCAAGUCCAAGGGUCGAACUCACCCCAAAAUAGACCCGGACGUCAUCCACAGACUGAGGAAGUUUUACAAACCCUUCAAUGUCAUGUUUUACCAAAUGACGGGCCAAGAUUUCCAGUGGGAGCAGGAAGAAAGUGAUAAGUAG